ACCAGUUCAAAUAUUUCAGUCAGUGUUGGAAACCCUACUUAAGAGUGUAAUUUUGGACAUAAACUAAUAUUACAGAAAAGGACUCAGACUCCUGGAAUUCCACAGGCUGUAAGACAACAGUUGAGGGUCAUCAAACCAUUUGUGUGUGUGACCACCUGACCUUCUUUGCUGUGCUGCUGUCACCAUUAUUUCCCAAAGGACUUACGCCUGGAUAACAACACUUUGGAUGAAAAAGAUGUGAUAUCAUUAACGUACAUCACGGUGACUGGCUGUGCGAUCUCUGCCAUCUUCUCAGCCAUCACAGUAUUCCUUUACUGUGUGGUGAGGAAGAAUAAAGGUGAUCACACCACCCAGAUCCACAUUAACCUCUGCAUUGCUUGCUUUCUACUGAAUAUGAAUUUCCUGAGUGAUGAGUGGAUUAGUAAGCUGAUGAUUGAUGGUCUCUGUAAGACGAUGGCUGUGCUCCUUCACUAUUCAUUACUGUGCACUUUCACAUGGAUGGCAAUUGAAGGACUUCAUCUCUACCUGAUGCUGAUCAAAGUGUUCAACACCUAUGUCAAACACUACAUACAGAAACUGGCUUUACUUGGUUGGGGCAUCCCUGCUGUGGUGGUGUCUUUGUGCAUUGCAGUGGACAAGGACAAUUAUGGACAGUUUCAAAUCAAAAUGCAAAAUCAAAAGAACAGUAACAGCUCUGUUUCCAUGUGCUGGAUAACAAAUAAGAUAGUCCAUUAUGUUACAAACUGUGGUUUUUUCGGCAUGAUAUGGCUUUGGAACCUGACAAUGCUAAUCACCGUCUGUGUCAAGCUAGCUCAGAUGAGAAAAGGAUUCGAUUCUGUGUCCAGAUCUGUGUGGAAGGAUCUGUGGACGGUCCUCGGCCUCAGUUCUUUGCUGGGCAUCACGUGGGCUUUGCCAUUUUUUUCACAUGGACCAAUGUCCGUGGUUCAAACGUACCUACUUUGCAUCUUAAACUCCCUGCAAGGAUUUUUUAUAUUUUUGUGGUACUAUACCAUGAAACAACCAUCCAAAGAGCAAACUACAAAUUAUACAUCAGAUAAAUAA